UUGUUUAACACAUUGUCAGUAAUUUGUUUGCUUGCAUUUAUCACCGCUCUCAGCCAAGUUUUAGAAUGUUCUGGGGAUUCAGCGAAGCCUUGGACCUCUUCGAAGAGUACCGUAAAGCUCAAGAUCCAACGGAGGAACCACCAGUCGAACUAAACAUCCUCCUGUUCGGACUAGGGGAUCCCCGACACGUACUGAAAAGUGCAUCGAAAUCGUUCAAACAUUCAACCAAGUUGAACUUUCACAUACUGGAAGGAUGUCUGGAGCUGGUGGCGAGGAACCUGCUGCUGACUAGCAUCGCCUUCGAAAAUGGUCAUCACCUAUCGGUGAAAGGAAAAACUCACCUGUUUAUGGACAUAUUCGGCAACACACUGCUACGGCCGUUUUCUAAUGGAUACAUCAAUGCAAAGGCCAAGGUCCUUACCAAACUGGCUACAGAUCCGGAUUACGCUGAAAAGGUGGCGCCGAUUUUUUCACUUGAAGGAUUAAGGUACAAGGAGCGGGACCAUUUAGAGAAUGUGUUUCACUUUUGGAUCAACCAUGAGAAGCACGCGUACAAUGUGGCACAGUACUGGGAUGCCAGAGUUCGUGCAAUGCUGGGCACCAGGUACGACCACCGAAUGGGAAGCUUCGACUGGGACCUGCACAUGCGACUGCGAGAGAACGGUGCGAAACAAAUUUGUCCCCAAGAGUACAAGCAUUGGCGCGAUACGGGAGUUGCUUUCACAUUUCCGGAGUACGAACAGAGUGAUCCGAAUAAGACCUUUGUCGUGGGACUGAGCCGUAACGGAGACGGUUUCAUGCACCGUGGAAUUGUGGGAGACAUUAGCACUGGACCGUAUAUUUCCUUUGGGGUAAAAUGCCCGGAGGAAAAGCUGGCACAUUCCAACCAUGGAGUGAAUGAUUUCCGAUCAACUGAUGUAACCGAAAGGAAUGUGUUUGAAAUCAUGUAUGAGAUACAAAAUCGCAAGGACUACAUUUUGGAUGCGAAAGACUUUCACCAAUAUGGUUCGUAUGUUCUCGACUCGGGUAAAAAUCUCAACAAGGAUCAAAUCCGAUCUGAAUCCGUUGAAUUUUGCAAAUACGAUGAACCUUUCAUUCAACGCGACAACGUCAAAAUCAACUUUCUCUCCGUGGAGAACCUUCUUAAGAUUCAAACCAAGCCGGACCAUCGCUGCCAGUAUGACAUUGUAGUCAUCGCUAGCAACUAUUUCUCAUUCUUGAAAGACGAUUUCCCUCAGCUUUUCAGUGACAACAGUCUUAUCUGCUUCGAAACCCGACAGCUGACAACCUUCAGCAAAGAUGAGAUCUCCCAAUUAACGGCCCAAAUUAAAGACUUUGCGAAAUCUCACUCGCUGCAGCCGCUGACCAAUUUUUCCAUCAACGUGCCCCACUCCAUCAUCCGCUACAAGAACAUUUCUCAAACGCAAUAAAAUAUCUUAUUUUCCACUUUGCGUACAACGAAUAAA